UUUCGGAUGUACUCAAACGCCUAAGUAUUUUGUAAACUCAUAUUUUAUAUUAAUUCAAAGCCGAUUUUUCGACUAUAAUUAUCUGUAAAACCAUAAACAUGUGUAGGAACAAUGGAAAGCUGGUUUUUACUUUACUGAUGUUUGGUCCAGUCUUUACUUAAUUCGGUUGCAAAAUGAGCAUCAAAAUAUACUUGCCCAUCGAUUACUUCACCCUCAAAAAGCCAACUAAUUUGUACGGACAAGUACAAAUAAACGAGGACGUCGUAUACUAUGUCGUGGAUGCUGUCGACUUCGACUUCAACACAGCCUCGAUGGAGCAUGGGACAAUCAGCAAUUUGCGUUUCCUCGGCUCUAUCCUGUGCAGUGAUACCUGCGCAGAAAAACCGAACAUCUACCACCAACUCGAUAUGCGCAUAUGUUUUACUUACGACAAAAAGGAGCCAAACAUUUCACUGGGAUACAUAGGAAUCACCCCAGAACACCUCAAACAAAUCAAAAUAAUUCUAUAUCACAAGAAAAAGGUGCAAGAUUUGUUUGUCAAUGAUGAGAGUACACUGGAUCAACCAUCGGGAGGUGGUGGCAGCGAUUGUGAUUUUCUGGAGCUCUUUCGGUUGGCCCAGUCCGAAGUUGCAAUUCAUAAGCCCAAAAACAGGGCACUCAAGAGUGGUCUUCACCUGUUACUUCUUGUAGCCGACGCGCCCAUACAGUUGUUUAAAUAUACUGCCGAAAAUGUUUUCAUUAAUAACAUAAUGGGACACACGACUGUUUACAAGCACUUUAAAGAAUGGCAAUCAACCUGUGAUAAAGGUAAUAGGAUGAAAAAUAUUGUAUUAGAUCGAGUAUUGGGUAUACUCUUGAUGGUGGUAAUGUUUUCAUUAGUUACCCCACCGGGCGAUUUCCUUAUACAAAUAUCCCAUGGUAUUAUUAACCAGCUAUACAGCCUGUUGAAUGUUUUGGAAGGAAGUCCUAUUGGUCUCAAAUUGAAUAUACAUUUAAAUAAUUUCUUCCUCGAUUGUUUUAAAUAUCAUAUUCAAUUGUGGUCCAUGUUUUUGGAUUUGAUUGAGCCAAUAGUACGGCAAGUUUUCCUGGCCAUUGGAGUAUUUGGAUGCCUGGGGUUUACAUUCCAGAUAGCUUUACUCGCAGAUUUAAUAUCAAUUGUUUCAUUGCAUUCGCAUUGUUUCCAUAUUUACACCAAAGUUCUAUAUAAAGUGGAAAAGAAAGGAUUAUCCGUACUUUGGCAAGUGGUUCGUGGGAACCGAUAUAAUAUAUUAAAAGGCCGUAUUGAAGCUCAUAAUUAUAUGGAUCGACAGCUAUACCUUGCCACAAUAUUUUUCUCAGCAAUUUUGUUUCUUUUUCCCACUACCCUUGUGUACUAUGUGGUUUUUGCCUUUUUAAAGUCCCUUACACAUGCAACUCUGGCGAUCUUUGAGUUUUUUCGUCGAAAACUUUUGUUUUUCCCGCUAGAAGUGUGCCUUAAAUGGUUACGAAACGAACUACACGAAAUUGACUGUCUUAAAAUCGAGGACGUUGCACUCCCAGCGAAGACAUUUCUGCUGCAUAAACGUUAUAAAAUAAAUGUUGGUGUAUAUAAAAUUCGAGUGUGACAAAUAGAAAAAAACUUUAAUCUUAUUUCAUCUCAUUACACACCAAUUAAACCAAUUACUCAAUUUAAACAGUGCUAAACCGUAGGAAAUGCAUUCCAUACGCCUUAAAUUUGCUAUACAUUUUAAUGCCAUUGCUUAGUAGCUAUCCGGAUCUUGUAUUUAUAUUGAAAUAUGCACAUUUUUAUAUUCGUGUUAAUUAUUUUAUUAUUAUGUUUUCGCGACAUCAAAUUUACACUAGGUUCUAUUGAAAAGCUUAAAUCCCCGAUAGUUAAUGAUUAUGUGAGUAAAACUAAAGCCAGUUAAAGCUAAAACAAUUUAAAAUUCUUAAUGCGACUGAUGUAAAAUAGAUAUUCGUUGGAAUAUGCCAUAGUGAUAUGAAUGAUAAAUAUAUACAUAUAUAACAAAUUUUGGUUUUGAUAAGCCGAUAAUUUAUGGUUUAGUGAACUAAAUUAAGCGUAAUUCUAGCGCAAAUAUGCCAAAAAUUAAUUUUAAAAGGAAAUAUUUAAAUUUUAAAUUGAAUUUAAAACAAACGCUGUAUAAAUUCUGGCAUCAAAAGUCUAGUAAAAGGUUAUAAGUUAUUGUGAAAGGUAAACAA